UCAGCGACGCUCAAGUGGUAGUAAACUAGAGAGGAACGUGACUGUGAAAGUUGCUGUUCAGAAGUGGAUAACUGUGUUUAUUUAAUAUUUAUCCGAUAGAGUGAAUAUCGUUUUUAUUCAUUUCAGUCCAACAUGAGUUCGUCAAUGCCGCAGAAGCGCUACUACAGGCAGCGAGCCCAUUCAAACCCGAUGGCACACCACACGUUUGAUUAUCCUUUGUGUCCUGAAGAGAUGGACUGGUCUACACUGUAUCCAGACUACUUUGAUGGCAGCAAGUCUGAGAAACCGACCCACAGAGUGGAGUUUGCAGACAUCGGCUGUGGAUACGGGGGACUUUUAGUGGAGUUAUCUCCACUUUUCCCAGAUAAUCUCAUCCUUGGUUUGGAGAUCCGGGUGAAGGUGUCAGAUUAUGUUCAGGAUCGUAUCAAGUCGCUGCGUGCCUCUGAACCAGGCAGCUACCAGAACAUCGCCUGCCUUCGCAGUAAUGCGAUGAAGUAUCUCCCCAACUUCUUCUCCAAAGGACAGCUCAGUAAGAUGUUCUUCCUCUUCCCUGACCCUCACUUUAAGAAGACCAAGCACAAAUGGAGGAUCAUCAGCCCCACUUUGUUGGCAGAGUACGCCUACACAUUGAGAGUCGGGGGCUUGGUGUAUACCAUCACAGAUGUGGAGGAAGUCCACCUCUGGAUGGUGAAGCACUUCACCGAACAUCCACUGUUUGCACGUGUUCCAGACGAGGAGCUGGUGGACGAUGUCAUUGUAGGUCGUUUGGGUACGUGUACGGAGGAAGGAAAGAAAGUUCAGAGAAAUGGAGGGAAGAACUUCCUUGCAGUUUUCCGGAGGAUUGAGGACUCACAUUGAGAUCGCCACGUAUGCACGGAGGAUAAAGCUGCUCUGGAUUCUGUGGGUUGUUGUCCCAGCAGAUGAACAGUGAUGGGUUUUAUUUCUUGUGUUGAUGGACAAACUUUUACAUCAUUACCAGAUAAAGGGUUUUGUUUUGUUUUUUUAGCUUCUUCUUGUAAUAUAUAUAUUUCAUUCCUCACCUCACAAGAAAGAAUCCAAGAGGAGAAAACCCUUAAAGGAUUUUGGAUUGAGUUGUGUAUUGCGAAGCUUUCAUUUAAUUACUGCCUCUUUUUUUUAAUGAUGUUCCUCGGUUUCUUUUGCUAAGCUGUAAAAUGCUGUUUUGGAUUUCUUGUAAAGCUGUAUAGAUCUUAAAGUAAAACAACUACUAAAAGAAAAAACUGAACAGCUAUAUGUUGUAUUCACAAAUCUCACAGUAACGGGUUGAAGAGUUAGCAGGAUGACUGCACUGAGGAAAACCCAGAGCAGCACUUUUUAACUGCAGGCCAUGAGCUCAUGUUUGAAGAGGAGUUUAGGUGUUAACGAGUAAACGGCGCAGCUAUUUUUAAUAAUCUUCUCUCAUGAGAUAGGACUUCAAGUGUUUUGUUUUAAUUUAAAAACCAUUUUCUAUGUAAUGACAUAACUUUGUUGGCGCCUCCGUGGUGUUAGUACGCAAUGUUGGCAGCGCAGUCAGAAAUGGAUUAGACCCAGUUUGCCAACAAUCUGCAUCUUGCUCGUUUGCUUUGGGUCAUUGUCUGGUUUAAAAAUAAAAGAGCUGCAACAUGUUGGGUUAUAA